AUGUGUCGCCCAGUGCAUCGGCUGCCACAUCGCCCAACACCCAGACGCAAGCGCACACAAGCGGCGGCUGCGACGCAUGCGAAUGUCAGCACCGCCACACCCGUCUCGUUUGCCGGCCUCGGCUCUGAGGUGACGGUGACGCUGACGCGUUCUGGCAAAUCAACCGCCGGUCAUAUUGUACGUAAUCACAGUAUUGCCACUGAGACGGCAGAACAACAGCAGCAACAACAACAGCAACAGCAUCAUCAUCAUGUGAGUAGCAGUUCGCCGCCGCCGCUCGUCUUCACGACGACGGCGCACAGCGAAUUACAUCAUCACCAAACGCAGCAACAACAACACGAAAUAGUUGAACAGCAAACACAUCAGCAUCAUCAACUGCUGACGCAUCGCCAAUUGCAGCAACAACAACAGCAAACCACAACAACGGCGGUGCUUGAUCCAUUAGAUUUGCAAGAUCAGGACGAAUACCAACAGCAGCAACAGCAACACCAGCAAAUUGUCAUUGAGCAUCACGGCGGCAGUGCGCAGGCACAGCAGCAGGCGCACGAAGAAGAGAUGCUCGAGUAUGAUGACGAGGAAGAGGUUGAAGAGCACCACUUGCAGCAACUCCAGGAAGUGCAGGACCAACAGGAAUGCGAUGGCGAGCAAGUGGAGGAGGUUUAUCUGAACUGA